UUGCCAUCCGUCAACUUCUCCUCUCUCGGUCUGACCGAGACCAUUCUGCGCGCGCUGCGAACCAAGGGUUAUUCAGCGCCAACUAUCAUUCAGCAACAGGCCAUCCCUCCUCUCCUGGCAGGCGAGGAUGUGCUUGGCAUCGCGCAGACAGGAACCGGCAAGACCGCCGCGUUUGCCCUGCCGAUACUGCAGCAGCUCGCUGCCGCACGCGAGCGGUCCAAGCCCAACACGCCGCGGGCGUUGGUGCUGGCGCCGACGCGCGAGCUUGCGGUGCAGAUACAUGACGACUUUCGCGACUAUGGCGCCGGCCUGGGUUUGCGUCAGACGGUCAUCCUGGGCGGCGUUUCGCAGCGUCCUCAGGUGGCCGCGCUCGCGCGCCGUACCGACAUCGUGGUGGCGACACCGGGCCGCCUGCUGGAUCUGUUCGAACAGGGCUACAUUCGCCUCGACCGGAUCGCCUUUUUCGUCCUCGAUGAAGCGGACCGCAUGCUCGACAUGGGCUUCAUCCACGACGUCAGAAAGAUCAUCCGGGAGCUGCCUCGCCAACGCCGCUCGAUGCUGUUCUCGGCGACCAUGCCGCCGGACGUCGCCCGUCUGGCCCAGGAGAUCCUGCACCGGCCGAAGCGAGUGGAGGUCACGCCGUCCGCCACCACGGUCGAUACCGUGCAGCAGCUCGUGUACUUCGUGAACAGCGCGGACAAGCCCAAGCUGCUUGGCGAGCUCCUGCACGACUCCGCGCUGUCCCGCGUGCUGGUGUUCGCGCGCACCAAACAUCGGGCAAACCGGGUCGCCGAGCAGGUCUCCGUCUCCAAAGAUGUGCGCCCGCGCGGACAGCGAUCCAUGUGCAACGCAACAAUCGCAGACUGCUCGUCAGGCCGCGCGCUGGAGCGGUUUCGGGCCGGGCAUUCGCGGGUGCUGGUGGCGACCGAUAUCGCCGCCCGUGGACUUGACGUGGACAGCAUCAGCCACGUCAUCAACUUCGAGCUGCCCCGGAGUCCGAGGGCGAACGUGCGGAGUGGGUGGUUUUGA